ACAAGGGCAGUAGUAGUGUACUGGUUAGUGUUGUAGCAAUCAGGGUGGAGAUCGAUCGAUCGAUCAUCGAUGGGGAGACUUGAUAUGAUGUUGGUGCCACGAGGAGGAGAGCGCCACAGCAUCCUCAUCCUCAUUCUUCUAUCUGUUAUAUUUUCUGUAACCGCCUUUGCUGCCGAUCCCAUCCCUAAUCCCAUCCCCAAUCCCAUGCCCGCUCCCGCCGGCCCCGUCGUUGCUUACGACUCGCGUUCCCUUAUCAUUAACGGAAGCAGAGAGCUGCUUUUCUCUGGCUCCAUUCAUUAUCCCCGAAGUACUCCCGAGAUGUGGCCCGACAUCCUUAGGAAGGCAAGGGAAGGUGGACUCAACGUCGUUCAGACUUACAUCUUCUGGAACCUUCACGAGCCUGCUGAAGGACAGUACGAUUUUUCAGGGAAUAAGGAUUUUGUCAAAUUCAUCAGAAUGAUUGGCGAUCAAGGGAUGUGGGUGACACUCAGAUUGGGUCCAUACAUUGAAUCCGAAUGGAAUUUGGGAGGAUUUCCAUACUGGCUGAAAAACGUUCCCAACAUCACAUUCCGUACUUAUAACGAGCCAUUCAUGUUCCACAUGAAAAGAUACACAGAGAAGAUGAUUAACGUGGUGAAGGAAGCCAAGCUCUUUGCGGAUCAAGGAGGUCCCAUCAUAAUGGCACAGAUCGAGAACGAGUAUAACAACGUGAAAGAUGCUUACGAAGAGGGUGGACAGAAAUACGUGGUGUGGGCUGCAGAAAUGGCCACAAGUCUGUACAAUGGUGUGCCCUGGAUCAUGUGCAAGCAGGACAAUGCUCCUCCUUCAAUUAUAAGCACUUGCAAUGGAAGGCAAUGUGGAGAUACGUUCAAAGGGCCAGGGCCUAACAAGCCUUCCCUGUGGACUGAGAAUUGGACAGCGCAGUACAGAGUGUUCGGUGACCCUCCUUCUCAGAGGUCUGCUGAAGACAUUGCCUACUCUGUUGCUCGUUUCUUCUCUAGGAAUGGAACCCUUACCAACUACUACAUGUACCAUGGAGGAACCAACUUUGGCAGAACGGCUUCCUCUUUUGUCACCACCCGUUACUAUGACGAGGCUCCACUGGAUGAGUAUGGUUUGCCGAGGGAUCCUAAAUACGGGCACUUGAGAGACUUGCACAGGGCUAUGAGGUUGAGCAAGAGGGCAUUGCUGCGGGGCAACCAAAAUGUGCAGAAGAUUUCCAAAGACUUGGAGAUAACAACGUACGACAAGCCUGGAGAUCCCACUAUCUGUGCGGCAUUCCUGACCAACAACAAUACAAGAGAAGAUCGGACUAUCAAUUUCAGGGGUGUGGAUUAUUUCCUCCCCGCUAAGUCCAUCAGCAUUCUCCCUGACUGCAAGACCUUAGUUUUCAACACCCAAAUGGUGGUGGCACAACAUAGUUCUAGAAACUUCGUACCCUCAGUCAAAGCAAAGAUCACCAGAUGGGAGAUGUUCAGAGAAAAAAUCCCAGACUUUAACGAGUUAUCAAUAAAGAGCAUCCGUCCAAUGGAAAUGUGCUCUAUCACCAACGACACCACCGACUACGCUUGGUACAGCACCAUAAUCGACUUGGAUCGGGGUGACUUACCAAUGCGGAUAGACAUCCUACCCGUGCUUCAGAUUGGCAAUCGUGGCCAUGCUUUGAUGGUAUUCGUCAACGGAGAAUACGUAGGUUUUGGACACGGAAACAUCGAUGAGAAGAACCAUGUCUUCAAAAACUCGAUCAAUUUGCGAAUUGGACCCAACCAAAUAUCUAUAUUGUCCAUGACCAUUGGCAUGCCGAAUAGUGGAUCCUUUAUGGAAAGAAGAUUCGCUGGGCCCCGAGAUGUAACGAUCCAGGGGUUGAUGGCUGGAACGCUGGACAUUACAGAUAACAUGUGGAGACACCAGGUUGGGUUAAACGGUGAAGCCAUGGAAUUGUUCACGGAGGAAGGAUCCAAAAAAGUGCAAUGGCAACCGCUUCCAUUGAACAAUAACAUCCCCCAACCCCUGUCUUGGUACAAGGGGUACUUCGACGCCCCGGAAGGCAACAACCCAAUAGCUGUCCGAAUGACAAGCAUGGCGAAGGGGAUGAUCUGGAUCAACGGCAUGAGCAUCGGGAGGUACUGGGUGUCAUUCCUGUCGCCCCUGGGGCAGCCCACACAGGACGUCUAUCACAUCCCCCGCUCACACCUGAAGCCCACCGGCAACGUCAUCGUGGUCCUGGAGGAGACCGGCGGAGACCCCACGAAGAUAGAGAUCCUGCUCAUCAACAGGGACACCAUCUGCAGCGUCAUAGGCGACUACUACCCCCCCAGCGUCUCCUCCUGGGAGCUGAAAAAGAACCAGAUACGGUCCACGGUGGACUCCCGGAACGAGGCCAAGCUCACCUGCCCGGACAAGAAGGUGGUGGAGAGAGUGGAGUUCGCCAGCUUCGGGAAUGCCGAGGGGGCAUGCGGGGCCUUCAAGCCGGCGACAUGCGAUUCGGCCAAGGUGCGUAAGGUGGUCGAGGAGCAGUGCCUGGGGAAGACCGAGUGCACCGUACCCUACGACAGGAACAACCUCAUGGAUAAUGCCCUCAUCGAUCCUUGCCCGACUAUCCCCAAGACCCUCGCCAUCCAGCUCAAAUGCGCCCCUCCCCCGGGGGCAGCCGCCGCCACCGCCACCGCCGUCUGAUUACUAAUUACUAUAUUUAUAUACAGUUAACUAGCGUUUAAGCACGAAUUAUUAUAUUUAAAUUUAAUUAGUAUAUUAUUAUUUAUUUGAUUCUAUUGAAUUUUUUCA